AUGGCUGGUAAACAGUACACCGUCGUCGCAGCUGUCGGCGUAGACACGGCUUCGGACAGCCCCUCGAUGUCGCCAGUUGCUCAGAAGGCGAAGACGACGGCGAAGACGCCUUGGUGGGCGCAUCUCUGGGGCCACGAUCCCACUAGAAGUGCCGAGGAAGUCAGAUUCAUCCGGAAACUUGACGUCUUCCUGGUUUCCAUACUGUGCUUGGGGUAUUUCAUCAAGAACCUGGAUCAGGCAAAUAUCUCCAAUGCCUACGUGAGCGGCAUGAAAGAAGACCUCCAGAUGAGCGGAAACCAGCUCAACCUCAUCGACACGGCCUGGACGGUCGGAUAUGUCCUCGGCCAGGUCCCAUCGCAGGUUAUUCUCACCCACCUGCGCCCGUCGGUCUGGGUUCCGGCUUGCGAGCUGAUCUGGUCCAUGUUGACCUUCUGUCUCGCAGCGGCGAAGACGUCGAACCAUGUUAUCACCGUCCGGUUCUUCAUCGGUUUGUUUGAAUCCGCCUUCUACCCUGCCGCGCAUACCAUCCUAGGCGCGUGGUACAAACCCUCUGAGCUGGGGAAGCGGGCGUGCGUCUUCCAUGCCUCUGCUGCCGGGGCAGGGAUGUUCUCUGGUUACUUGCAAGCAGGCGUGUACAAGGGUUUGAACGGGGCGCGUGGCUUGCCUGGAUGGAAAUGGCUUUUGGCAUGUACCUAUCAUGGAUGGCCUCGUCAGCACACCCAUUGCUUUGGCUGGGCUGCUCCUGUUGCCAGACAGUCCGGACAACUCGAGAGCAUUCUAUCUCACCAAAGAGGACUGCGGGCUUGCAAUACAGCGUAUGACUUCCGUCGGCCGUGCCCAGCGAACGAGACUAGGCAAGUCUGCAUUCCGGAGGAUUUUUGGACGGUGGCAUGUAGGUUUAUCCAUGGGAUUGCUCUGUACUUCAUAGUACUUCAGGCUAAGAAUCAGGUCUACCUGCUCACCGUGCUGUAUGUCAUUUUCGUCAACCACAGCCCCAGCGCCAGUCUUAACCCAUUAGCCCUCUGGAUGAAAUCCACUGGACGAUACUCUGUCUACCAGAUCAACAUCUACCCAACCGGCCAGAAGGCCAUCCCACUCAUCUCAACAGCCAUCCUCGCCAUAAUCUCCGAUCGCUUCCGCACCAGACCCGCCAUAAUGUCCAUAAGCACCGUCUUCGCCUUCCUCAGCAGCCUCCUCCUAGCCGUCUGGGCCAUCCCAGACGCUCUGAAGUGGUUCGCAUUCUACAUCUCCCCAAUCGCCAUUCCGUACGGUCCUCUCGCCAUGUCCUGGGCCAGCGAGAUCUGCGCUGCGGAUGCAGAAGAGCGCGCCAUCACCAUCGGUAUCAUGAAUAGCGUCGCUUACGCUUUUAACGCGUGGUUGCCGCUUGUGGUCUUCCCGGCUACGCAGGCCCCGAGGUUUAAAAGGGGGUGGGUCUAUUCGACGAUCAUGGCGUUUCCGGUCCAGGCUGGUAUUACCUGGGUGGUAUGGUACUUCUGGAGGAGAGAGGAGCGGCAGAAGGAGAAGGAACGAGGAGCGGCGGUCGUGGAAGAGUAUAGGGAUCCGUAGAUCUGGCUGUUCCGGUCGUUAGAAGGGAUGGCCAUGGCUCUAACCGCACGAUAUCACACAUCGUGUUGCCUGGAUGCGAGCCGAGUCAACAACUUGAUUGAGCAGAGCCAUCAACGAG